AUGCCUGAAGGCCCAGGCAGGCAACCGACCAUAUUCUUCCAGGAGCUGCACGAGAAACACAAGAACUACGCGAAGAAGGAAGAACUCGAAAGCCCUCAACGCGUCCGCGCAGUUGAAUAUGGCACCGCCGCCAUCCUCGCCCGCCUUGAAUUGGCCAAUCCCAACUACCCUUCCCCGCUCAAGAUAGUUCGAAGCAUGGCCGAAUUACGCAACAUCGCCGAUAAUGUUGCCGCGCGCAUCAUGUUUGGUAUGAAAGAUGAGGACGAGCCGGGGAGGGAGAACUAUGCGGAACGGCUUUGGCAGUGGUGUAAAGAUUGUGCCCUCCCGUCGGGCAAGUUCGAACCUGACCUGUACAUUUGCUCCCAGUCCUACGUAGCUUUUGCUGGUGCCCUUGCAACUACAUGUGAAGCUGUCGACGCGGUCGCUGCCGCGCAUACAGCCCCGUCAGGCUCGGACAGCACACGCGCAUUCGUCGCCGUUCGGCCCCCGGGACACCAUAGCAGACCUGACAAUCCUGCGGGAAUGGGCUUCCUAAACUACGUCGUUCUAGGCGCAAUUCAUGCUUAUACCGCACACGGAUAUUCGCAUAUAAUCAUUUUAGACAUUGAUCUUCAUCACGGUGACGGCACCCAAACAAUGGUCCAACAGAUUAAUGACAGCGUUCACCGCGCACAAGACGGCCAGUCCGGUCCCAUAGUGUACUUCGGCAGCAUGCACGAUGUCAACGUCUACCCUUGCAGGGAUGCCUCAAAAGAUAUGCCGGAUGCACGGCUGUCAUCGCACGGAGAGGGCGGCCAGUGGAUUAAAAAUGUCAUUAUGGAACCGCACGCGACAGAGGCCGAUUUCUGGACGGCAUACGAGACCAGAUACAAGACCCUCCUCACGGAUGCGACCGCAUUCCUGCAGCAGACAAGUGCGUCUUCCAAUAAGGUCAUCGUCUUUAUCAGCUGCGGCUUCAGCGCGUCCCAGUACGAAUAUGGUGGCGUCGCGGGCAACUGUCGCGUUCCACCCGCGUUCUUCUACCGUUUCACGCGCGACGCGUGCGCACUCGCAGACACACACGCCCAGGGACGGCUCGUGAGCAUCCUCGAGGGCGGAUACAGCGACCGCGCCCUGCUGAGUGGUACAAUGGCGCACGUGGCCGGCUUGAUUGACGACGAGCCAAAGAUCGAAUCGGCGUGGUGGAACGAGCCGAAUUUAAUCGAGCUCGAGAAGGUCGCCGUACGCAAGAAAGGGCGGCGACACUACCUUGACAAACUCCCGACGUGGGUUCAACGCGCGCAUCAGGUCGUGCAACAUCUGCACGCACCGCUACCCGAGCAGCUGCCCGAAUCUUCGGUGCUUAAUCUCCCGCCGUUCGUGCCCUACCCUCCACCGCCGCCAAAACAGACAGCGCAGUCGCGUUGGGGACUGUUCCCGGCAUCUACUUCGGCCUCUGCUCCAGUCGCAUCAGGCUCAACUGCGCCACUAUCUCCUAGUUCGGUAACGUCGUCAGGUGAACCACGCGUGAGCGAUCGCCUUGAGGAGAAGCGCAAGUACCUCGCGAGUCUUCGGCUGUGGUUACCUGGUGGCGACAGCGACGAGGAAGGCGAAGACGAAGACGAGGUGGACGAGAUGGACGAGUCGCAUAAAGAAACGGACGACCUUCCAGUGAUCCGUGGACGUGGACGUGGACGCCCACGCGGUCGUGGAAGUAGGGGAGGGCGUGGCCGUGGUGUGAGGGGUGGGCCCGGUAGUCGCGGCGGGCGGGGCAGUCGUGGUGGGCGUGGAAGUCGUGGUGGACGAGGGAGAGGCCGCGGACGCGGAGGCGGAGGUGUGCACACUGAAGCGAUCGUUCACAGCCCAGAAGAGGAAGACUCGGGAUCCCCAACACCCCUCUCAGCUGAGCGAGUCGGCCCUGCAAUUACAGCGGGUCCGUUGGCAAAUGUGUCGCCGGAGGCGGGGCCAUCCAACGGAAAGCGUCCACCUGAACCGGCUAGCGCACCGGCGGACGAGCAGCACAAGCGGCUGCGCCAAGACUCGACGCAAUCUGACGCAACUGCGGUACAGGGCGCAGGCCCUGUUUCUGCGGUGGCAGCAUUGCGACGCUCGCUUGACGAUUUUGCAGGGCGCGUCGAUACCCAUGCGGACACGCUUCCUGCAGAACUUGUGCGUGCGGUACGCGGCGCGCGUGGGUGCGUCGCGAAGCUUGAACGGUUCGCAGACGACGUGCGCCUAGUGGACGAGACCGUCGACCUGCUACGGGAGCUGUCCGAUGCUGCGUUCGUUGCAUGUGGCACUAUUGAGGAUAAACAGCUCGCGAAGGGCCUGCGUUUUGGCCUUGUUGACUUGGAGGGUGCAGUAGAGGAGUUCCGGAGGAACGGGAAGUGA